GUCAGUAAUUGGAUGUUUGGAGUUUAUUUCUUCAUUAAUUUUGCAGAAACCUUAUGCCUUUUUGCAAAGUGAGAAAUAGAAAUCUGUAUCAUAGCGCAACAAGCUUCCAUUUUUAUACCCUUCUGUAUAAUAAAGUAAGUCAGUAUCAAUGGCUGAAAAAAUUGAUGAUAGUCAAGAUGAAGUUUGGAUGAGGUACAAAGACAGAAAGGAAUGGUCAGAUGUGGUACCAAUCAAGCAAAAUGAUGGUCCUACUCCAGUUGUGAAGAUAGCUUACUCUGCUGACUUUGAGGAUGUUUAUGACUACUUCCGUGCUGUGGUGGCUGCCGGAGAGCUAUCUAUGCGUGCACUUACUCUCACUGAAGAUGCUAUUCAGAUGAAUGCAGCCAACUACACCGUCUGGCAGUACAGACGACGAAUUCUAGAACAUCUUAAAUGUGAUCUUCAAGAUGAGCUUCUCUUCUGCCGAGAAAUGAUUGAAGCCAAUCCAAAAAAUUAUCAAGUUUGGCAUCACCGGCGAGUCAUAGUUGGCUGGCUGGGCGAUGGCUCCAAGGAACUCCAGCUCACCAAAAUAAUCUUUGCUCAAGAUGCCAAGAAUUACCAUGCCUGGGAGCAUCGCCAGUGGGCACUCAGGACCUUUGGUUGCUACGAAGGUGAGCUGCAGUUCACAGCGGACUUGCUACGCGAGGAUGCGCGCAACAACAGCGCAUGGAAUCACCGCUACUUCGUGCUCACGCGCACGUCUGGCCUCACGCCUGAGGUGCUGCAAUCCGAGCUCGUCUUCACUCAGGAAGCCAUUGAAAAGCUCGUCGACAACGAGAGCCCUUGGGCUUACAUUAAAGGUUUGUUGAUGGACACGUCAGGCGAUGAAGAGGAAAUCGAGAAGAGCUGGUGUACCACAACGGCUUGGUGUUGGAAUUUGCUUGCAAAAGCCGUCUCAAAAAAUACUAUGUCUUCUAACAGCAACGAUGGUAGCCCAGAUGACAACGGAUCAGACGACGUCUGCAAUUUUCCAUACAUUAAUGAAAGCUCAAGAAAUGCAUUUAAUGGCCUACCAACUGAUACCGAGUGUUCUAAUUUGAUCGAUAAAGUGCCGAGUAUAGCAAAGGGCUGCAUUAGUCCACAUUUGCUAAUAGGUCUGUUAGACUGUAUCGUGCAUCAGCUCGAGAAAACUGAAGACCCCGCGCGUAAGGAAACUCCUCUGAAAAUUGCUCUGCAGGUUUGCGAUACUCUGGCCAAGCAGCAUGACUGCAUCAGAGUUCGAUACUGGAACUACGUGAGACGUCAACUACAACAUGAACACAGAAGUAGCUCUGCAAGCGCUUGAUCCUCUCCCUGUUUCACUCUAGUUGCAGUGAUUAUGCUAGAAAUGAAUACAGAAACCGUUAUCAGGAUACUUCUGCACCGUGAGAUUUCAAAGGCUCAUUUUCUGCGUUGUACUCUGAAUUCAAACACUUUAAUAAUAACUUCAGCCGGGUUACAAAAUGACAAAGUUGUUGCAAUCUUCGUGUUGAAAAUGAUCUCUCGAGUCCCUUAUCUUUCUGAAACUGAGCACCUAGUAUUUACAUUCGUUUGAAUGUUAUGUAGUACCUAUAUAAAUUUUUAAAAUUUCAUAUCUACACCCGAAAAUCUCUGUCACAAUUUGUCCGAAUUAUUUCUAAGCUUCAUUUUGCCUUGUUACUCGAUUUCUACUCGUAUACAUCAUCAUGUUUUCAAUUUAAUGAACGGCAUAUAUAUAUUCCUAAAUUCAUCACGCAAUUAGAAAGGAUACGGAUUCUUUGCCAACUUCCUCCGGCAAUUAUUAUUCUUCAGGCAUCAAGAGCCAUCAAUAUGAUAGGUUGAGAAUUCAUUACAUUACUAUUGGUUCUCUCAAGACUUUCAUCCAAUAAUCAUAUGUUCCAUGUUUAAGUGAUCGGGAUAAGAGAAUGAAAGAUUAAGAACA